CAUUUUCAACAAAAAUACACAAUACUAAACAUGGAGGCUAUUCCUCGGAUGUUAAUGCUCAGUAUUGAGCUAAAAGAAAGUGCUGAAAGAGUAGAAUUCGGACAUGAAAUUAAACAGCACAUAUCCCAGCAUUAUAUGGAAGAUGUUUCAAAAUAUAAUGAAGAAAUCAGACAGCUAGACCAACUGCGAACUAAUGCUUGUAAUGUAACAAGAGACUUUAAUGGCAUCAGCACGCUCAAGAAAUAUUAUGGUCAGCUACAUCUCCUCUCUAGUCGAUUUCCGUCUGAUGCUUUCACAUUCUCAUGGAUUGAUACAUUUGAUGAGGAACCCUACACACAUACAGACAUCCUAUUUGAGCAGUCAUGCAUCCUGUUCAACCUAGGAACCCUACAUUCCAUCUUGGGAGCUAUUGAGUCACGUGCUUCAGAAGAGGAGAUGAAGGUAGCAUGUACCCACUUCCAGUGUGCAGCUGGGGCUUUCAGCUACCUCAAGGAUAACUUUCAGUGUGACAUGAGCCCUGAUAUCUCAUUUGAGCUCAUGAACAUGUACAUCAACACAAUGCUGGGUCAAGCCCAGGAGUGCCUGUUGGAGAAGUCAAUGCAGGACAACCGGAAGAGUUCCUUGGUGGCCCGUAUCAGCAUGCAGGUUGUGGAGUAUUACAAGCAGGCACUGAAGGGACUUGAUGAUUCUAAUAUCAGUAGUCUGAUGGGAUCUAGGAGGAAUAAAUGGUGGAAGAAGACACUGCAGAUCAAGGUUCAUCACUUCACCAGCAUUGCUUAUAUGUUCAUGAGUAACCAGGCUGAAGAACAGCAGAAGUAUGGGGAGAGGGUUGCAUACCUGACAUACGCACAAACCAAACACAAUGAAGCUGUCAAGAUGAGCAAGGGUCAACCAGAAAGCAUUACGGAGGCCCUCAACUUUGCCAAGGAUGUUGUGAUUGGAAAGUUCCAGUCUGCCACGAAAGACAAUGAAUUUGUAUAUCAUGACAGUGUGCCUACUUUUGAGAGCCUUCCUGAAAUCAAAGGUGCAUCAUUGGUUAAAGCUCUAACAUUCCAACCGUAUGAUGAAGCAGUAGCAGGACCGGAUAUCUUCAGGAAGCUUGUUCCCAUGGAAGCUCAUGAGGCAUCGUCCCUAUACAGUGAGGAGAAGGCAAAACUGCUAAGGAGAGUGGUGGAUGAAAUUGAAGAUAAGAAUAAGAGAUUAGAUCAAUAUUUGUCUGCAGUCCAGCUAGAACAACUGAAGCUGCCAGGGAGUGACCCGGAAGUACUUCCACAGGUCCUACUGGAGGUGUGUGCUGCCCUCAGUGUCAAGACUGAGCCAAUUAAGACGCUAGUCACCUCCAUGCAAGAGCUGUCAGGUGUGGUCAUGGAUGUAGAUUCGUCAUUGAAAGAAAUUGAACAACUCCUUGAAGAGGAAGAAAAACAAGAGGCAGAGUUUCAGAAGGAGUUUGGGACAAAGAGUGCCAAGUCUUUGGGAGAAAUGAAGAAAGAUCUGACAAAAUGUAGGGAGCUCCAUGCCACAGCUAGCCAGUCCAAUGCGGAGCUCCACAAGGCUAUGCAAACCCACAUGGAGAACAUCAAGCUCCUGGCUUCUCCUGUAGAGACCCUCCAGGCAACCCUUCCGUCUGCUAAGGAAGCAAGAAAUGAGGAGGAUGAUGAGGCAGAGAAAAAGAUGCAGAAACUUGUCGCUAAGGUAGACGAGAUGAAGACUCAGAGGCAGACCUUAGAACAGCAGCUUAGAGAUAACAUACGAGAUGAUGAUGUAACAGGAGGCAUUGUAACAAGGACCAAAGGAAGCAUGCAGGAGUUUUUCCAGAAUGAAUUGAAGAAACACGAGACCCUGAUCACCUACCUUGAACAGAAUCUAUCUGCCCAAGACAACAUCCUCAAGGCAAUGACUGAAGCCAAUGCUGCCUAUGCUGAAAGACGCAAGAUGGUAACUGGUAUUGCUUCAAAGCGUGAGGAGAAGAUUGGAGAACUCAUCAGCUCUUACACUGUAUACGAUGAUCUAAUUGAGAAAUCAAACAAGGGCAUUGGCUUCUAUAAGAAACUGGAAGGGACUGUGACCAAACUUCUCAACAAGACCAAAGGAGUUGUGAAAGCAAACCAUGCAGAGAGACAGGAGAAGAUAAAAAAGAAAUAUCCACCUCAAAGACCAGCUGCCCCUAAACCAACCCCAUCUGUAGCUGGUUACCCAGGGCUAAGUAUGGAAGGUUUACAGAUUGGUCCAAAUGGAUUGGUAAUAGCUGGACCUCUAGGCCCCACAGAACCAGCGCCUGUUUCUUCUGCACCACAAGGACCUAAACUUUCAGAUUACUGGAAGCCCAAAUCAGGAAGGACAGCCAAACCGUCUGCAUCACAACCUCCACCGAGCCAGCCUCAUGUGUUUCCAGGAAUGCCUGCUUCUGCUUCACCAGCAGUGUCCAUGCAAGGACCUAGUCAGGUACCUUACUCUCAAGCUAUGGUACCUGGAGUUUCAUCAGCUGGAAAACCUGGUGCUCAACCACUACCAGCCAGUGUUGCAGUUGUACCACCCCAGGUCAGCAUGGCUCAGCCACGGGUACCUGUACAACAGCAGUAUGGCAGUCCGGGUGGUCAGGGGGCACGACCAGUGGCAGCAGUGCCACCAUCAAAUGUUGGGCAACCUGUUCCCACAGGACAUCCUCAGUCAGGUUUUCCUCCACCAUCCCAGAAUUUGCCUCAAGGGGUUCGAAUGCCAUCUCAGAACAUCUCACAGAGCCCUCAUGCAUCUCCUGUUCACCAAAGUAGGGUACCACAGCACCCAGCAACAUCUAUGACCAGAGAGGAUAGUUUUUCAAGUAGCUCAAGGCAAAGUCCUAUUCAUGUUCCCCAACAAGGUCCUGGAGGUGUGCAAGUCCAACCUGGUCAAACUAAUCAGCAAUCACAGAUGCCUGUUGCUCAUCAGCCCGGUGCUGUUCAUCCAAAUUUUCCUGUGCAAAGUCAGAAUUACAGCCAACAGCAAGUUGGACCUAACCAAGUUAUGAUGCCCCCUGGUGUCCAGCAAGUACCUCAGCUAGCCCAGAGUCCGCACCAACCAGCUCAUUUUCCUGCACACCAGGUUGUGAGUUCAGGACAACAAAUUCCAUCAUCUGCUCCUUCCCAUUCCCAACAGCAAGCAGUUGUGCCUCAGUCUUUUCAACCUCCUGUGCAGCCUCCUGCAUAUGGCUCCGAACAGCAUGCAAGAGCCAAGGCUGCAAGUAUGGGGAUGUCAUCAGCUCCUACACAGCCGGGAGUACCACCACAGGGGACCCCUCCUUCGUCUUACUCUUCAGCUCAUUUGCCAAGUGCAACCAACACCACUCCCAGCCACAUGCCUGUAAAUUCUGCCCCCAAUCAGAUACCGAACCAACAACAGCAACAAAUCACACCAGGAAAUAUCCCGCCUUCUCAGGGGGGACAACCUGUCCAAAAUAGAGCUCUUCAACCAGGAGCAUCUAUGAUCAACAACCAAAAAAUCAGUAACAUUCAAAUGCCAUCUCAGGUUGGUAUGCCACAGCAUCAGCCAACAUUACAACAUGGUCAACAAGGAGCACAUUUGCAGCAGCAACAGCAGCAGCAUUAUAGUCAGCAACUACCCAAUUCUGGGGCAAGGUCAGUAGUCCCAGACACUCAAAUGAUACCACCAUCAUCAGGAACUGGUCUAAUUCCACAACAGCAAGGGAACUCUCAAGUGAUUAGACCUCAUCAACAGCAGUUUCCUCAGCAACCAAAAUUCCAAUCCCAGGCAUCCCAGCCUCAGCAAUUCAACACACCACAGACCUAUUCUCAAACAGGGAACAACGUCCAGCCUACUCAGCAGUAUCAUCCACAAUCUGCUGCUUCUCAUCAACAAGGGCAGCAAAUAGCACUACAACAGCAGCAACCACAAAAAGGUAUUGUUCCACAACAAGGCAUUGUUCCACAAGAACCACAAGUAAACCCUGUACAUCAAGUUCCAACAACUCAUCAACAGAAGUUCUCAGCAAGUAACCAACAUCCUCAGCAAGGAUUUGUUCCCCAACAACAUCCCAGUCAAGUUCCAAUAUCUCAGCAGAGCGCUGCAAAUGUUCAGGUGCCACACCAACAAGUCUACCACCAAGGCUAUAAUCAGGGUCAACAGCAACAGAUAAACCAACCAGGACAACAACCUCAAAACCAACAAGGACAACAUUUAAACCAACCAGGACAACAGCCUGGAAAUCAACCAGCACAGCAGCCUCAAGGGUAUCAGCAACCAUCAGGUGGCACACCUUAUCAGUCUUCUCCCAGCAAACAUGUGCCUUCUGGUCCACAGGGUGGUACGCCGCAUAUUGCAAACAAUGUAAGUGGACAACAGGUAGCUAGUUCCAUACCACACCAGGUUCCUGUUAGACCUGCCUUGAAUCAGCAGAAUCAACAAAUGCCGCACCAGCCUCAUCACCAGCAGUUCAAUCAACAAAUGAAAAUGCAGCAACCGCAACAGAACCAACAUCGUCCACAAAUGCAGCAGCAAUAUCCUCAACAACAACAGCAGCAGCAGUAUCCUGCGCAGCAACAGCAACAAAAACCUGCACCACAUCAACAACAUCCUCCAACACACCAACAGCAACCACCUACACAGCAGCAGCAACCACCUACACAGCAGCAUCACCAUCCCAACCAGCAGCAAUAUUUUCCACAGCAGCAGCAACAUCUGUCUAAUCAACAACAGCCACAGUAUCCUCAGCAACUUCAGAGCCAGCAAAAAAAUUAUCAGCAGCAACCAAUUCCUCAACAACAACAAAGUCUGCAGCCAAUGCAGCAACCUAGACCACCAGCACACAACUCUAAUAUUGUGUCUCAGACCAACAUCAGACCACCACUCCAGCAAAAUCCUCAGCAGUUGCAGCAACUGUUGCAACCAAUGAGUUCAGUGCAGCAGAUAACCCAACAACAAAGCUUUGAACAGCAAAGACUACCCCAGCCAGUGUUACAGCCCAUGAAAGCCGGUGCAAAGCCUGCAACUGAUCUUCUAUCAACAAGCCCGGACAGGCAAAAUCAACCUCUUAAGGAUGUGCUUGCACCACAAAGUGUUGCAUCAACCGCAGAGGUGCAAUCAGAAGCUACACAACCUGCCACAGAUCCAAAUUCAAAUGUCUCUGUUCUUGCCAGCAUUGAAGUGCAGCCACAAAGCACUCCACAAAGUCAACCACUGCCCACUUCAACCCCCAGUGCAAGUCGAACUACAGGUCCUUCAUCCACCAUGGAUAUACUGGCAGAAUUGAAGCUUCAGCCUGCUCUUUCAAGCCCUCCAGUCAUCACCUCUACACCAUCUUCAGUGAGCAACCUCAGACAACCACUACCACAAGGAGUGACAAAGACCCCAGACUCUACAACACAGCAACCAGUGUUAGCCAAGAUGCCCGGUGAUAAGAAUCCAUAUGCUGAUAAGGAAUCUCUGGAGAAGUUUGUGGAGGAGGUGGAAAGACUGGAUAAAUAUGUAGAGGGAUUGAAUCGCAAGAUGCUCAGUGGACCUACUGUCAUUGAAAGAUUGUGGAAGGAUCUGACUGAUUAUCAGGACCGAGAGACACGUCAGUUUUCCAUUGCCAUCGCUCGUUGUUACUCUGUAAAGAACAGACAUCCAGACAUCAUGCCUUAUGACCAUAACAGGGUGUGUCUUCGAGGCACCAGGGAUGACUACAUCAAUGCUAGUUUUGUCAAAGAUGUUGUUGCAACCAGUCCUUGUUUCAUAGCAACCCAAGCCCCUCUUCAACCAUCCCUGAGUGAUUUCUGGUUGAUGGUGUAUGAGCAGCAGGCUUCACUCAUUGUCAUGCUGCUCUCAAAACCAACUACAGGAAAGGGUUCAACAAGCUUCAUCGGCUAUUGGCCAGAGGAUAAAGGUCCUGCCCAGAAAUUUGGUGACAUCUCUAUCAGCUUACAAUCAAAGCGAACAACAGACUACCAUGUAGAGAGGAUUAUCCAUCUAACCCAUCUACCCACUAGACAGAUGAGAACCAUCACACACCUACAGUUCACUGCCUGGCCUGAGUUUGGAGUUCCAAGUAGCCCUGGAGUACUGCUGCAGUUCAUUGAUGAAGUCCAGAGUUACCAUUCUCAACAACGCAAGACACAGAUCCCCAUUGUGGUUCAUUGCAGUGCUGGUAUUGACAGAACUGGUGUCUUCUGUUUAGUCUACACUGCUGCUCGGGAAAUCAACGAAGGCCACGGGAUCACUGAUAUACCCCAGAUAGUCAAGAAGCUACGACUACAGAGGAAAUGGAUGGUGACAGAGAAGGAACAACUCAAGUUUAGCUAUGAUGCCAUUCUGUGUUAUGCUCAUCAUGCUCUGGCAAAACGUGGAGUAGCUACAAAGAGUGUAGCAGCUGCCUCUCCCCUUGACGCCAAACUUGCACCCUCGAGGCUCAACUCUUUUGAUGUUAUCAUGGGAACAGACAAUGUAGACACCCUCAUCUCUCGCAUCUCCAAGUUUAGUGUCAAGCCCAACCAGCCUCCCGCUGCUGAAACAGUACAGGAAGAGGUUGUCCCAACUGAGGGUGUUGAAGUAGAGAAUGCAGCACCUGCAAGGUCCAAUGAACAAGAUGGUAAUGACCAGCAGGAGACAAGGGACAAGGUGGAUGGAGACAUAGUAUUCCAGGGUAUCCCAGACCAGAUUACAGGAGACAGCCUCCAGGAUCCUUCUAGUAACUCCACCCAAGGCUUGCUCAGUAACACGGGCAGCAGUACUCCAUCAGGGAUCAGUUCCUUCACGUCCUCUCCGGCCCAUUCUGGCCACAAGCCAAAAUCCCUUGACCAGCUUCAGGCCAAUAACCUUGAGGUCUUCUCCCAAACGCUGCAGAACUUUGUAGCACCGGAUGUUGUUGAAUCCAGCACCAAACAGGACACAGGGGACAACAUUUCGGAAGGAUCCGGAUCAAUGGAAGGACCAAGUUCGUCGCUUCCGUCCAUCUUGGCCGAUCUUACCCCUCAGAACUUCUCCAUGAAGGAGAAAGGUCAGACCAAACAGAAGGUGUCCAAGGCUGAUUUCUUGGAAGGGAAGGGAGGGCUCAAGGACAGCAUUGACAAGUCUGAUCCUGAUGAUCCCUUCAGUGGCCUGGAUCCUAUGUGGUCAAUGAAGAGCAAAAGCUCAGAACCAAAACAGUCGUGAUCCUGUCAAAUAAACUGUUGCAAUAUAAAAGGCAAUCGUCUCAAAGUGUUGUAUUUAUGUUAUUUAAUUAGCAAAUGCAUGCGAUUGCUAUGCUUACAUAUUGAAACUGGAAUAUCUGUAACCAAAUGUCACUGCUCAUUUUUGUAAUGUUCAUCUUUUUAGUAUAAAACCAUCAUCUUUUUUGUCAAUAAAGGCUUGUUCAGACUUAGCACAACAAAGCUUAGCAGAAUUUAUGUGUACAAAAUCAGUUGGAAAUGAGGUACCCUCAAAUGUUUCAUCUGUAGGCAAAUUAUGGCAGAAUAAUUUUCUGUGUUGAGUCGGCCAGAUAUUGUGACAUUAUUUAAAAUGACUACUGUAACAAUGAAAGACCAAUGAUUUAGACACCGUCAAAAUGAGGGUCAUUAUGAUGUCAUGAGUUAGUCUGCAUAACUUCAGACUUUUUUGAAGACUUGAAGUGUAUAAUUCAUGUUUACUAGAAUGGUUUGGGCGAUGUCUCACUGCGUCUGAACAUUGUGAAAACUGUUGCUCAGCUUUUACACAUCGUAGGUGAAUGAAAUUUUUCUUAUUACAACUCACACAUGGCAUUAAGUAGGAAUUUCAUUUGCUUGCAUUGUCACUGAUGAUAUUUUUUUUCUAAUUAAUAAAAUGUGAUGGAUCUCACAUUUAAACUGCCAAAUUAUAUAUUCAAGAGAAAGCAAUUUUAUUAUACACUGUCUAGAUAGAUUGCAUAUCUAUGCUGUUAUCUUAGCAUCAAGUGAAAUUGAAAUAAAAAAUAAAAAUUGAAAGAGCAAAAUUUACAUCGAAGCCACUAUAUUGGCCGUGAAAUAUUGAGAAAACAAACCUAUUGGUAAAAGGUUUCAUGAUAUUCAUGUGCUGAAAGGUAUAUACUGGAAGCUUAUAUUUAUGGAUGAUAUAUCAAGGUAAACCUUAUUUUUGUAUUAUUUACUCUCAGUGAAGUUUUUUCAUAUGGCAAGUGUAUUAACCUGUAACUUUGCUUGCCUGAAUUAUCACCCUAAAUUGCAAGAAAGUUCACUGUAGGCAUAAAUUUACAUGUGCAGGUAUUAAGAUUAUUUUCCACUAGACCUUCAUCCAUUGAGAUCAAAGAGGACCAGCUAGUCAACCUGGGUGUAGAUGGGUGGGUUGAGCUCUAAGGGUGAGCAUUGCCCAGUUGGCUUGUCAGACCAAUCCAUGCCCGGAAGGUUCUGACACAGUUUGGAUUGGAUGGUAGUAGCUGUCGGGGACUUGAUGGCACUGCUUCUACCCAACUGCAGUGAUUCUGUCUGCCUCAUAUGAAUUGGCCUUCGUGGACCGCUGAAAGCAACUUUGUUCUGUCCACUGCAGUCAGCUCCCAACUGUCAGGCCUAUGUUACAGGCCGUCUUUGAAGUGCUAACCAUGUUUUAUUUUCACCGUGCAGUGGUUUAUUGGGAAGGAGGUGGAGCAAACGGUAGGGUGAUAUAUUACAUGACUGUAGAAAUAUGCUGUAUGUCAACAUUCAUAUUUUUGUUUCUUCUGCCAUCAAUUUAGGAGAUACAUUUAUCGUAAGGUAUAUGCUGGCUCAAAUCAUAGUUGCUUUAGUAGGGGUAUAUGCAAUUUUAGUGUAGAUAUUGUUCAUCCAUAGUUCUAAAAUGUAGCAAUUGUUCAUCGCUUCUAUUUAUAGUAAUUGCUGGGAUGAUUGGUAUGGGGGGGGGGGGUAGGGGAUAUAUGUAAACAGGGCUUUGUACUUGGUAAAUGAAAUUGUUUAUUGCAGGCUUUCUGUCUAGGUUGGAUAGGGUUUUUAUUUCUUGUUGCACAUGCUGUGCACCAAGGGACUUUUUUUACAUAAACUUCACUAUCCAGUUUGUUAAUGAAUAUCUAUAGAUAGAGUACCGAAGUGAUGUCACAAAACUCUUUUUGCGUUUCAGCGUUUUUGAUACCAUAUUUUGGUAGAGCAUGAUGAAAAAUCCUACCUAAAUUUUGUGGGAAUCUGUCCAUGGGGGCCUUAGAUCUGACCUCAUAAAUACAUCGACUUCAGUGGGGCUAAUUAUUUAUUCAUGAGGUCAUUUUUUUGGGGGCCCCAUGGACCGAUUCCCACCAAAUUUUGGUUGUGCUGGUUUUUCAUCAUGCUUACCAAGGUAUGGUAUAAAAAACAUUCACAUGCAAAAAUGGAAAUUUGAUGACGUCACACUUCUCUCAAAAUGCACUCGAGAUUAAGUGAAGUGUUCCAUACUGUACAGACUUUAUGCGUUUCAA